CUGGACCGAGAAUCACGUGACCUCUACAAGAUGGUCGUCUUGGCGACCGACGGGGGUCACAAGCCCCUUACUGGGAGUAUAAAAAUAAAUGUCAAGGUCGUAGACGCUAAUGACAACAUGCCUGAGUUUGAGAACUCUACCUAUCACGUAAAAGUUUAUGAAGAUGCAGAAAUUGGAACUCCCAUUUUGAGGGUGAGAGCUGUAGAUAAGGACGCGGAUUUGAAUGGCAAAGUGGUUUACGGUUUUUCGAAACAUAUUCAGAACGCGAAAAACUUCCCAUUCACGAUAAACGAGCACACGGGCACCAUAUUCCUAAACCAGCACCUCGACUUCGAAUCGACCCCGCUGCACCAG